GCUGCCAGGGGGCGGGGUGAGGCUGCGAGGAACACUUCGCACGCUGAAAGUGGCGCCGUGAGGGGAUGGCGGAGAGCGCGGGGUACCCGGCCUUCCGACUGGGGAAGCCGCGCUUCGAGCAGGGCUCGUUUUAUGGGAGGUUCAGACACUUCCUGGACAUCAUUGACCCCCGCACGCUGUUUGUCACGAAGAGUCGUCUCAAGGAAGCAGUCCAGUUGCUGGAAGAUUACAAACAUGGGUCUCUGCCACCAGGAACCACCAACAAAGAGCUUUGGAGAGCACAGAAAAUAAAACAGGCCAUCAUCCACCCGGACACGAACGAGACCAUUUUCAUGCCUUUCCGAAUGUCAGGGUACAUUCCUUUCGGAACUCCCAUCGUGGUCGGUCUUCUGCUGCCCAGUCAGACCCUGGCGUCCACCAUCUUCUGGCAGUGGUUGAACCAGAGCCACAAUGCCUGUGUCAACUAUGCAAACCGAAACGCAACGAAGCCGUCGCCGACCUCCAAGUUCAUCCAGGGCUACCUGGGAGCAGUGGUCAGUGCCGUCUCAAUAGCGGUGGGCCUUAACCUUCUGAUCCAGCGAGCGAACCAGUUUACACCAGCCACCCGGCUCCUGAUCCAGAGAUUUGUGCCAUUCCCUGCUGUAGCGAGCGCCAACAUUUGCAACGUAGUCCUGAUGAGGCACACAGAACUGGAAGAAGGGAUUGACGUCCUGGACGGGGAGGGGAACGUGGUCGGAUCUUCCAGGAUUGCUGCCAGACACGCCCUGAUGGAGACGGCGCUCACCAGAGUGGUCCUGCCAAUGCCGAUCCUGGUUCUGCCUCCCAUCGUCAUGUCUCUCCUGGAAAAGACGGCUCUUCUGCGGUCCCGGCCUCGGAUGCUUCUUCCCGUUCAAAGCCUCGUGUGCCUUGCAGCCUUCGGCCUUGCCCUCCCGCUGGCCAUCAGCCUCUUCCCACAGAUGUCUGAGAUUGAGACUGUCCACUUGGAGCCAGAGAUCGCCCAGGCCACCGCCAGCCCGACCGUCAUCUACAACAAAGGGUUGUGAGUGGAAGCGGAGCCCUGGCACGGAAGGCGGCAGCAACGGCAUGAAGAGGCGUGAAAGGAGGGGGGAGCCGAGUGCCAGAGGGGAGGGGGAGGUGGGUGGGAGGAUGCGGAAUACAAUGGGAAGGCGGAGAAGAUGACAAAGCUGCAGCUUGUAACGUCUUCCCACCGUCGAGAAGUGAGUGUAAAUUAGCACUUUUGGAGACCUGGCA